UCAAAUCAACCUAACCUAAUAGAAUUCUUAUUGGUGAAGCGGUGAAGUUUGAAUCUGAACGAUUGGAAAUUUAUUUCCUUUUUUCUUUUCACUCCUUUCAGCAGAAAAAGUUUCUAUUAUUGAUAUGUUUACCACGAAUGUACAUCUGAAUUUCUCGUAUCCAUUUUGUGAUGUGUUCAAAGUGGCCCCUCAGCUCGCCUUCAAGUUGUCUCGUCUAUAGAGCACUAAUGCACAGUGCGUUGUCUAGCCAUCAAAACCUAGAGAAGUAUAACACCAAACGACAAAAUUGGAAUCAUGCUUGACUGAAAUCAUAACUUACUUUUCUACCAUGUCGAAGGAAAGGAGGCGAAUGAAGGUUACUCAUAAAAGACCGAAUCCACUCUUUGAACAAUGGCUUGAAGAAUGGCGAGAAGAAGCAGUUCAAAAAAAUUCAAAUCUUCAGUAUUGCUACAGCAAGGCACUGAAGUCUCUCAAGCGAUUUCCUUUACCUCUCAAAACAGGAAAGGAUUGUUUGAUUCUGGACAACUUUGGGCACAAUUUAUGUAGCAAAUUAGACAGGAAGCUAGAAGAAUACAGAAGAACCCAUCCACUGAGCAGCAGCGAUGAUUUAACUGAUGUUGAUGCACCAACUUUGGCAUGUUCUACAAGCAACCCACAAAGAGCAAACAAGACUGCAAAGAAACGGAAAUUGAAUGAUGAAGAGCGAGCAAGCACAUCAACAUCUCCUUCGGCCAAAAAACAAAGAUCCUAUGUACCUGCGUUUCGAUCCGGAGGUUAUGCCAUUUUGAUAACCCUCUAUCGGAGUCAAAACGAAGGAAAUUACCCUGGUUUCAUGACUAAAGCUCAGCUUCAGAAGUCUGCUCAGGCUCUGUGUGAUGCAUCCUUCUAUAAGCCAGACCCUGGUUCUUACUACACAGCUUGGUCAAGCAUGGCAACGCUCAUAAAGAAAGCUUUCAUUUCUAAGACAGGGAAUCCACCCAGAUUUUCACUGACUAUCGAAGGAACUGAGCUUGCAAAACAAUUAGAAGAGGCUGAUCCAUCCGCUAUCCAAAGCAGUGCCACUGUAAACGAUGAGAACAAAUGCCAGUCACGGACCAAUGUUUACAGGGCAACACCCAGAAAGAAGACAAGCUCAAAAGGGAAAAGGCCCCUGAAGAAGAACUCGAGAAAUAUGUACGCUGAUUUUUCUGAAAAUGAAAGUGAUCCAGACGAACCAGAUGCUGUUGAUGCCCCCGCUAGUCCACCGUCGAAUACCAUCUUCUCAAAAAACCCGCAAAAUUCCUCAACUAUGUCAAAUACGAAUAAUCUUAAUUCUUAUGCAGAUAGCAUCUCACAGAACCAGAAGGGCCCAUUUAAUAAAUAUUCAUCAAAAUACGACUGGCUUGACCUCUCAAGUACUGAAGACGGAUCUGAACAAGUAAAUUGUUCGCCAAAAUCUUCAGUGGAAAAAACUCCCGUCUCAAAUGUAAACAGAGGGUCAAGUGGAACAAUUUUGUCAAAUUUAGGUUCUUAUGUGAUAUCAUCAUCGGAUGAUGAAUCUCCAGCCUUAGAUACUGGAUCCCUAGACAAGUGUGGAAGCUCUUCUAGACAGAUCAGAAAAACGUCAAGUAGUGACAAACAUCACGCAAUAACUAGUAAUAAUACUUCUGUCUCAAUAGAAUUAUCAGAUUCAGAUGAUGAUAGUAUUCCUAAAGAGCUGAAAUCUCCUGGUAAAAAAGUUAGUGCCCCAUCAGACUCUGAAGAUUUUUCGGUUCCAUGCACUGACACAUUCUCCAAGCAGUCACCUAGAAAAUCAGAAAAAAACAUAGGUUUUCUUGAUUCUUUGUCAGAUGAUGAGUUUGAUUUACUUGUCAAAAAUAGCGCACUAUCAACAAUAGAUAAAUUUUCUGUGCCGUCCAUAUCAUCAGUUAAGUCCAACAAUCUGUGUUCAUCCAAAGACAAUAAGUUAUCUUCAAUGAAUCGUGAAGGUUCAGAUCAGCAGUCAAAAGAGAAGUGUAUAUCAGAGAAAGAAACAAAUUCUGAAAUUCCUAUUAGUCGACUGGAGGAGUUAACAAGUUCAAAUGGCGAAAAUCCUGCCACGGAAGUUCCUGAGUCGUUUGCAGAGUUUUACUUUGGUGAUUGCAAUGAUGAUGAUGAUUAUUUGCUGAGCCAGGUCCAAUGUGAAUCUGAUCAACUAUCUAGAGGAAAGGAAAGUAUUCCUCCUUCACAGGACAAACUGCCCUUCCCAGCUAGUCAAAGUCCCAACAAAUAUUCUACCAAGGCAUCAACCUCCAGAGGUAGUCCCAAAAAAUGCUCCAACAGUUCACAAAGCAAUAGUCAAGCCUCAGAUUUCUUCAUUCUCAUGCCAGACAUGUUCGACGUAAUUUUACUGGUUGAUGAACAGGAAUCGAAAAAUCGCACAAAACCUUUUAUACUUGAGUUGGAUAACAGCGGAAUUAAAUAUGAAGUUCGGCAUUUGAAAGUUGGAGAUUAUAUUUGGAUUGCACGGUGCCGAACAACAAAUGCAGAAGUAGUUUUGCCAUACAUUAUUGAAAGGAAAAGAAUGGAUGAUCUUGGCAGCAGUAUUAAGGACGGCCGUUUCCAUGAACAGAAAAUCCGACUGAAACAAAGCGGCAUUGAAAAACUUAUUUAUUUAGUUGAAAUUUACGGUGGGAACUAUGGCUUACCGGAGACGACCGUCCACCAAGCAGCAAUUAACACGUAUGUAGUGGAUUGCUUUCAAUUGAAGUACACUUCAGACUAUCGACAUUCUGCCUUGUACUUGGCAACCCUGACAAAGCUCAUCAGUAAACAGUUCAAAGACAAAACGAUUGCUAGCUGCGAUAAAAAUUCCCUCCCAAGUUUUGAUCCCCAAAGUGAUUUUGCUUCCUUGAUGACUUUCAAAGAUUUCUCCAAAGGUAUGAGCAAGGUUCGCAAUUACACAGUCAAAGAAAUGUUCAUUAAACACCUUUUACAGUUGUUCGGAAUGUCAGUUGAGAAAGCUGUCGCCAUAACAGACAGAUUUCCCACACCCAAGAGUUUACUUUCGGCCUUCAAGGAUGGCGGGCAAGAAAAUAUGCUAGCUUCAAUUGUAUUUGGAACACCAAAACGCACCAUUGGGCCCACCUUGAGUAAAAAUAUUUAUCAAUUUUACACUUCCAAAAAUUUUCCGUAAUCUGUAUUUUAAUUGUAACUGCAUCCACAAGUGUUUGGGAGUUUUUUCACUCUACCACAUUUUACUAAAUGACACUGUUAAAAUAGAAAAAAAGUCCCAAUAAAUUUCCUGUCUUUUCGAGGAAUUCCAAAAUUCUGUGUUCAUCAGCAGGAAGGAAAAAGUUCACAGCAAAAUGAUAUAUGACUGUCUAGUCCUCAGUAAGAGGGACCUCGAGCCCACAGAGACAAAAUUUCCAGGAAAGAGAUUUUUCUCUUGUCGGGUUAAAAAGCGGAUCUUGCGUUUUCGAUACAAAGUGCUCUUAGGAGUCGUAAGAAGUAAGCUACAAACAAUUUAGUUUAUUUUUAUAUCAAUAAAAGGCAAAAAGUUGCAUCUUUAGUACAAUCUUGAGCUCCAACUAUACCAGAUUGGAAUUUUAAACAAUUUUUUUUUUUAAUUUUUUUUAUUUUAACUCAUUUUAAAACAUCAUAUGUAAUACCUGUUUGGGUAAACUUUUUUUUUUCCCUUUUCGUUGGAAGAUGUUUGCACAACACUCUUUUAUGCUUUGGCUUUUAUAACUACUGUUGUAUUCUAAUGGACUAAUGUCCCUGCUCCUGUGGCUUGUCAGUGGUCACAUACACUCAAAGAUUAUGGUGUUUUGCAUCAAAAAAUAAAAAUCAGUAGAUUUGUGGACAGCUGUACAAUUUUCCUAAGUUUCAACAAACACAUUCAUGUAAAUACUAAGUAAGGAAAAUUUAGUCUAUAUAUUUUGUAUUAAUAGAAACAUUAAUUUCCAAUGUUUUUAAUUGGCAAAAGCUGUGAUUUUUCAUGUAUUUGUAAUUCAUUACUUAAGUAUUUACUAAAAAAAUGGUAAAGAAAGUAACAGUUACCGCUCAAUGUUUUGUACUUCAAUUUUAUUCAUUUUUUGAUAUUUUGGACUUGCGUCAUGGCCUUCUCUUAAGUUAUGUUAUGCAAGUAGAGUAGUUGAUAUAUUUUUAUAAUAAAACUUAUUUUCUGUUAUGUAUGAACUUUGCUCUAAAAUUAUGAUUGAAUGUUCCAUGUAUUAAAA